CCAACACACUGCAUACCCCGGUGUGUCUCAUGUCUUCUCCGUCCUGAAAAAAAGCUCUGCUGCCGGCUGACAGCGGCUCUGAUGCGGGCAGGCAGCAUCCUCCCGUCUCUCUUGGUCAUCCUGAAGGAGUGAAUGAGGAGGGCCGGUGGCCGACAGGGAGGGGUCCUUUGAUAUCAGGGCUGCCUCCUCCUGGAUGGAGCCCGGCUGUGUGCAGGCAGCGAUGGCCAUGGGAGAUGUCUCGAAAAAAGCGUCGACUCGGAACGUAGCGGUGGAGCGAAAAAACCUCAUCACCGUGUGCAGGUUUUCCGUAAAGACGCUCUUAGAGAAAUACACCGCUGAGCCCAUAGAUGAUUCAUCUGAGGAGUUCAUCAACUUUGCAGCCAUCCUUGAACACAUCCUCAGCCAUCGCUUUAAAGGCUCAGGUAGCUGGUUCGAUGGCCAGAGGAGUUUCUGGGACUACAUCCGUUUGGCCUGUGCUAAAGUCCCCAACAGUUGCAUCAGCAGCAUCGAGAGCAUGGAGAACAUCAGCGCCUCACGGGCCAAGGGUCGAGCCUGGAUGAGAGUUGCUCUUAUGGAGAAGAGGAUGUCUGAAUACAUCGCUACUGCUCUCCGGGACAGCAGAACGACCAGGCGGUUCUAUGCGGAAGGAGCCAUCGUUUUACGAGAAGAAGCCACAGUACUAACAGGGAUGCUCAUAGGUCUUGGAGCCAUAGACUUUAGUUUCUGUCUAAAAGGGGAGGCAUUUGAUGGGAAAUCUCCUGCUGUGAUCGACUACACUCCAUACUUGAAAUUCACACAAAGCUAUGAAUAUCUGAGUGAUGAUGACGAUAGACAGAGCAUCGACAGCAGCACGAGUGAUGACAGCAUCCCUGAGCAUCCUUACAUCCCCCUGGUCACUGAUGACGAGAGCUGGAGCACAAAGUGUCGCAAGAUGGAGCAGAGGUUCAAAAUUGUCAAUGCUCAAAAGGGUUACCUAGAGGAGCUGGUGCGACUGCGUGAGUCUCAGCUGAAAAACACAGAAACAGAGAACAAGAAGCUGAAGGCUCGACUAGAGGAGCUUCAAAACCACAGCCAGCAAGAGAAGAAGGACCUAGAAGCCAUAGUGCUCGAACUUCAGGAGCAACUGACCAGCUUGCUUCCAUGUGACUCCAACCACCUGGCCAAGAACCUUUCAAUCCCCUUGGUCAACCAGUGGCCGACAUUGCAGCCUUACAACAGCCAAGACGACAUCAAGUUGUUCCGCAGGAGAAGUUUCCCCAGCUCAGAACUGCUGUCAGUGGAGAUCAGUCUAGAUUCAGAGUCCCAGAGGAUGGAUGGAAAGCAGAACGGAGGAGCCUGGUGCACAGAAAAGGACUACACCCCUUCCAUGAUGGGCCUCUGUGGAUCCUUGGCCUCCCUCCCAAGCUGCAAGUCUCUCGCUAGCCUCAAGUCCAGCGAGUGCCUGGUCAACAUCAGCACAGAGAAUAGCCCUGCCCUGUCACCCAGCUAGGGGGCGCCAAAGAAACACUGCCGACCAUUUGACAGAGACAAUUCAACAUGGACACAAAACUUUUGAUAGGCACUCGGUUGUGGCCCUUUCGUGAUUCCCUUUACGCUCUGAGCCCUGCACUCUAAACCUACACCUUUUAAGAGUUUGUGAAGGAGGGAUCUUCUUGUCUGGGACUGUUAAACAAAGUUGCCGAAAAAGCUGCUGUACUGCCUGUCGGCCUCCGUCAGUUUCAUUGUCUUGACAUUAUUAAGCCUCCUAAAAUGCAAACAGCUGGCUCAAGUUUGAGCUCCCAUAAGUUACAAAGCUUGUUUUUGUACGAUUACAGUCAUGCAUAUGUUCUGGUCACAUUCAACAAACUCAUUGUAGGCUUGUUCUGUACAUGUUAGUCCAUUUGUCUGUGUCUGAUCAGUCUGUCAGUGUUCGUCGUUCUGCCUGUUGCAUACUGCAGAGCAGAAUAGAUGAGCUGUUAUAACCUAUUGCAAAAAAAAAAAACAAUGUUUUGCCAUAUAAUAUUACACUACUAUAAGAAAGAAAAAAAGAGUGGCCAGACAUUUAUGAUGAAGAUUAUUUAAAGAUUAACAGAGGAUAAAUGGAGUUAGGGCCUCAUUCAGUCAUAAUGUAGAGUAGAUACAGAUUUUAGGAUGUGAAAUAAAACACUUGUCAGGCUGCCAAGGUUUGCAGAGUCAAUGUGAACAUAAAGAAACAGACAUAAAAUCUAUUGCAUACAAAUGCAAAGUGCAUUGGGACUAUGCAGAAUGAAUGUUUUCAUUGUCUUUUUCUACAGACCUUGCUUGAUAGAGUAGUUUGAGCAGGACAGAAACAGUGAAUGUGAAAGGUGGGUAUGUGUGUCAUUAAUUUUCUAUUUUUUUGCCCUCAUUUAUUUUUGUCAUGAAUUGUUCCCUUAAUGUUAUUAUUUAUUUCUUGUCAGACUUAAUCGUAUUAUUUGCUGUCAUGUAAACUACAAUCUCAUGCAGCGUUGAAAGCUGGGAUACAUUGUGUUGUUUAAGAUUGCAAUAAA